UUUCACACCAAAAUUAAAUAAUUAAAUUCCUUGUUGUUGAUUAAUUUUACUACGGUUGUUUGUACGCACAAUGGCCGAGACUAAGAACACGUCUGAGUCUGUUGAGAGCGGCAGACACGGGCCUCUCAUUGGGGCUGUUGACCAGGGCACGUCUUCCACACGCUUCUUGAUAUUUGCUGCUGGCAGUGGAGAGGUGCUGACGUAUCAUCAGGAGGAGGUGGUGCAGCGGUUCCCGCAGGAGGGUUGGGUGGAGCAGGACCCCAUGCAGCUCCUUGACAGCGUCACCACCUGCAUCAGUAAAGCAGUUGACAACCUCAAGAACCUCUCUAUUGCCUCCGAUGACAUCAAAGCUAUCGGCAUUACAAACCAACGCGAGACAACAGUUGUGUGGGACAAACUGACUGGCCAGCCUCUCUACAACGCUAUUGUUUGGCUGGACGCUCGCACCACGAGCACCGUGGAGCAGGUACUCAAGAGGACGCCAGGGCAGGACAAGGACGCCCUCAAGAACAUCUGCGGGCUGCCCAUCUCUGAGUACUUCUCGGCGCUGAAGCUGCGCUGGCUGCUGGACCACGUGCCCGCCGUGCAGCACGCUGCUAACCAGCACACGCUGCUCUUCGGCACUGUCGACACCUGGCUGCUCUGGCACACGCUGCUCUUCGGCACUGUCGACACCUGGCUGCUCUGGAAAUCAAAGUUUUUCGACAUCCCGUCGUGGGUGCUGCCAGAUAUCCGCAGCUGCUCUGAGGUGUACGGCUACCUCAACGACGGCCCUCUCAGGGGCGUGCCCAUCUCGGGGGUGAUCGGUGACCAGCAGGCGGCGCUGGUGGGGCAGAUGUGCCUCGCGCGGGGGCAGGCCAAGAACACGUACGGUACAGGCUGCUUCCUGCUGUACAACACCGGUGCCCAGAUGGUGUGGUCCACGCAUGGUCUGCUGACGACUGUGGCCUACAAGUUCGGUGCAUCAGCACAGGCCGUGUACGCCAUUGAAGGCAGUGUUGCCAUCGCGGGCGCCGCUGUGCGUUGGCUCAGGGACAGCCUUGGCCUCCUGAAGAAGGCUGAGGACGUCGAGAGGCUCGCGGGAGGCGUCGAGGACACGGGAGGCGUGUACUUCGUGCCUGCCUUCUCCGGCCUUUACGCGCCUCGCUGGCGCUCUGACGCUAGGGGCACCAUCUGCGGCAUCACCCAGGGCACCACCUCGGGCCACCUGGCGCGCGCCGCCCUGGAGUCCGUGUGCUUCCAGACGCGCGAGAUCCUGGACGCCAUGGAGCAGGACUCCGGCAUCUCCAUCUCCAGGCUCCUCGUGGACGGCGGCAUGACAACCAACGACCUGCUCCUGCAGCUCCAGGCCGACCUGGCGGGCGUGCCUGUAGGUGGAGGCCACAGCAGCGGCUGCAGCAGGAUUGCCGCGUCUGUUCGCCCGGUUGACAGCCCGCUGGAGCAGUCGAAUACCCCGCUUAGAGACUCGGCAUUCAUCAUCGAACCAUGGGUCGGAGACUCGUUGCGGUACCCGAACUAUGCGUCCAGGAAUGAGGUCAUCGAGUGCACAGGCCAGCUCGGUGUUGUAGAGUUGCACGAGUCGAACGUUCAAAUCGCCGGUGUUAAGGACAUGAUCGGGCAAAGUCACAAGUCUGUUGAAGACAUCGCUCAAUUCAACGAAAAAUUCGCUCGACACAGCAACCAAUCCAGGACGAUAGACGGUGACUGCAACGUCCGUAAACGAGGCACAGGUGACCCUAGCACAUGGCAGCUCAAAAGUGGUGGGUCGGGCACCGAUGUUAUGAACGGCGAGGUGCACGCCCCUGCUGGCGACGGUAGCCACUACACCGUAAUCCGUCGCCAGGAUGUCCGGCUGCAUGCGGGGCAGCGCGCGCUCGACUACCUUGAGUUCUUCAGCGCGAAGACGCGCAAACCGAAGCGCGAGCGUCGGUACGAGCGAUGGUGCGCGGCCGUGGAGCGCUCCUUGGGGUGGGAGCUGCCGCCGCACAAGCAGCCUAAGCCAGAGUUCGAGCGUCGGCUUCUGGCUUCGGUGUCGCCGGCGCUGUUCGCUCUUGGCUCGGUGCUCACCUUCAUCCUAGCGGACCACAUCAAGAACAGCAGCGGCGCUGAGAUCGUCUCCAUGUCCACGCAAGUCUCCAGCUCCAUGGAGUCAAUCUCCAGCGCCGCUUCAUCUUGCGUCCACUCCCGCACCACUCGAGAUCUGCUCCAGAGUUCGGUUGCUCAAACUUCCGUUGCUGCCGCGCUGGACAAUUAUGCCGCUGCUACUUCACUUCUCAUUUCUAACGCUUCUUCUUGGCUCACUGACGCAGUAUCUACCGCGAAAAUUGUAUACAUUAAUGCUGUCGAGGCCAUCGUUUCGUACACAAAUAGUUUGUCGUCAUGGUCGUGGCAGUUUUGCUCCGAGUAUUCCAACUGGGCAAGAAGCUACCUCAUGUUUGGAUACAACAACGCUUCCUAUUGGUCCCCGAUAGCUGCCUUGCAGUCAGCGGGCAGCUACGCAAAACUCGCCAUGUCCAACGCGCUCGUCUCGCUCAACGAAAGUUUCGGCCACAUUUACCGCGGGUUGCCAAGUUUCCCCGUCACUCAGGCACGACAGUUUGCCCACACGUUCUACUGCUGGGCGUGUGCGAGUGUGGGGAGUGUUGCGUGUGGUGUGAGGGGCGCUCUGUCGUGCAGAGAGUGGCUCUGGCCGAGAUGCUGCGUGGUGUCGUGGUGCUGCAAUGCUGUGAAUUACUGCACGGCGCUCUGCAGUUCUAUGUGUUCCUGUACAUCAUCUACACUCAGGUGGCUUUACACGCAGAUCUUCCCGAGAUUCUAUACGCUAGGCAGUAAGGACAAUAGUAUAACUUAAGCUCAGUAUUUUAUUUACAUCGCGGCCACCUUGCUCUUGGGCGUCUCUAAGUCAUUUUUACAACAGCUCUUGCAGGAGAAGGGAAAGUUAAAAUAUAAUAUUCCUGCCGCUGUUGUGUCUUCCAAUUUCCCAAAAAAGCAAACUUUGUUCGGCAGGCUCGAGACAAUUUCAUGCAGGUUUUGUAGUUUAUAGCUUCGCAUAGUCGCUGCUGCUGCAGGUCGCGUUCACUGCAUUAUUGCAGGCGAAUUAUUUUCUAGGUGCAGUUUGAGCUUCUCGCCCCAGAAGAUGUCAGGCAUUCCACCUGCGUAGUUCAAAUGUAAACUUCUUUAAAUUUGAAUUGUGUUCGUAUUGCUUUCAGUGGACCAAAGUGACUGAGGUUGCGCAGGAGAAAAAUGAACUGAAUUGACAAUGUAUGGCACGCAAUAAAGUUUCUUCGUUUGGUUAACGUCCCUUAUUAUUACGACCUAUAAGUGUUU